AAAAAACCAGAAAAGCUGAAACGUGUCUGCUUGAAGCUUUUUAUGCCACUUGUCUUCUCUCCUUUUUCCAAAUUCCCUUUAUGCUUCUUUCCUGCUCCAAUGAUCGCAGCAAGAUUUCGACCUUCUUUUCUGCAAAAUACUGUCAGCUCAAACUCUUUGUGGGUUUUCGGCUGAACCCCUUCAUAUAUGGCCACUGAAGCACAUCGUUUUCCCAAGAUUAAUAAUGACCAAGGCUCUUCUAGUAUACCUCAUAACCCAAUUCAAAAGGAUGUAGAGUCAUCCGAAAUAACUGAGGAACUCCCUAGUAGACAUGCACAUGGUAGAAGGAAAAACCUUAUCUUGGAGAUACCAACAAGAACACUAGAUGAAACAAGAGAGGAAUUUUUCAGAACAAACCAACCUCCAACUCCAUCUCCUAGAAGCCAAAUCAAUGAGUUCCAAGGUCCUUUGUCAACCAAAAAUAUUAAAUUUCACAAGAUAAGUUCAGAUGUUGAAGAGGCUUCCAUCCCAGCACUUGACGGUUCCCCCCCGGAGCCACUGCAAGAGCCUAUGAUUUCAAGAACAUUAUCACCUAAUGAGAUGAAAAUAUCAUCCUUACCUGUCACCCCAAUUGCUCAGUCAAAUCUGGAGUCUGGACAUGGAGGGAACAUUGCCUAUCCAGCAACACAUGUUAAGAAAGGACUGCAACUACCAAUGCAUCGUUCCCGUUCAGUUCCCGUGCUUACUGAAGAUGGCAGCACAUAUGUAGGUGCCAUGUUUCGUAUUGUUCCUACCACACCACGGUUGACAAAGAGCAUUGCCACAACAUCUAUGAAAUCUCCGCCUGACGAUACCGUUGAAAAUGAGGAUGGGGAAGAUAUUCCUGAAGAAGAAGCCGUCUGCAGAAUUUGUUUGAUUGAAUUGGGAGAAGGUUCUGAUACACUUAAAAUGGAGUGCAGCUGCAAAGGUGAACUUGCACUGGCACACCAAGAGUGUGCAGUUAAAUGGUUUAGCAUUAAAGGCAACAGAACAUGUGAUGUGUGCAAGCAGGAAGUUCAGAACCUUCCUGUCACUCUUCUACGAGUUUUAAAUGGCCAAACACUUUACUUGACAAGGAGUAGAAGCCAACAAUACAGGGUUUGGCAAAAUAUUCCCAUUCUUGUGAUUAUCAACAUGCUGGCAUACUUUUGUUUCCUUGAGCAGCUACUUGUUUCAAGUAUGGGAUCUGGUGCUGUUGCCAUUUCUCUCCCUUUUUCAUGUAUACUAGGUCUACUUGCAAGCAUGACAUCCACAAUAAUGGUGACGUGUGAACAUGUUUGGGUUUAUGCAAUUGCCCAGUUUGUUAUGGUGGUUCUCGCUGGACGUCUUUUCUAUUCACUGCUUAAUAAGCAAGCCGUUCUAUCUAUCCUACUUGCUACAUUUACUGGGUUUGGAGCUGUGAUGUGUGGAGCUUAUAUUCUUAUUGAGUUUUUGAAAUGGAGAAGACGAUGGCUUGGUUCCCAAGAGGUGGUACUGCCUCAUUAAUCACAUUCAUCAGCCACCACUCACCAAGCUUUGACUGAUUCUCAACACCAUGAAAAUAAUGUGAGAGACACUGCAGUGCAUGUGAGUGUGAGUUGACAUAGAAUAUACUUUUAUAUUGAUGGUGUUUAAUUGGCUGUAUAUAAAAGUAUAAUGUAUGGACUAUACUUUAAGCACAUUACACCCUUUUUUGUCUCCGUGGUACUCGCGAGAAUACACAAGUAUCGCAUUCCUUGUAUUGAGACCGCUGGCUCGAAGCCAGUUGUAUUGUAACUGUGAGGCCAUAUUAUAAUAUUGGACUUGCAAGAAACUUCUGAGCAAAUCCUGUAGGUGAAAAGAUAAAGAAAGGUUGUUUUUGUACAAUUAUAGGGGAACAAAAAGGGAUUCUGUACUGUAAAGAUGGUUGAAGAGAUGAAUACACAUGUCUUAUUUUGGUUUCAGACCUUUGACCAAAGGUAUUUCCA